ACAUUUCCCGUGAUCCACUUCGAGGGGACGACCGUAAACAGAAGAAAGCGGAAACAAAAGAGGUUUUUAUAAAAACACAAACACAUCCCGGCUGUCGAAGUACUCAGGGAACAAACUACAGCCAUUGACUUGGCCAGCAAUAAUCCUACAAACACGAGUGAGGAGUGAGCACAGGAGCGGACUGCGUCAGUUAGCAUGGCACUGAAAAGAAUACAGAAGGAGCUGCAGGACCUGCAGAGAGACCCUCCAGCACAGUGCUCGGCUGGACCAGUGGGGGAUGACAUGUUUCACUGGCAGGCAACAAUAAUGGGCCCGGGUGACAGUCCGUACCAGGGAGGAGUUUUCUUUCUCACAAUUCACUUUCCUACUGACUACCCAUUCAAGCCACCAAAGGUAGCAUUUACAACAAAGAUUUAUCACCCAAAUAUAAACAGCAAUGGCAGCAUCUGCUUGGACAUCCUGCGGUCACAGUGGUCUCCAGCACUAACGGUGUCUAAAGUUUUAUUGUCCAUAUGUUCAUUGCUGUGUGAUCCAAACCCAGAUGACCCCUUGGUGCCUGACAUAGCACACAUCUACAAGAACGACAAAGACAAAUACAACAAACUAGCAAAAGAAUGGACCCAGAAGUACGCAAUGUAAAGAAGAUGAGCACAAAGCAAAAACGACAGGCUGACAUUUAGUUUCUGUCUUUUCCCAUCUUUUUUUUUUUUUUUAAGUCAACACGCACUGAAAUUAUAGUAUGAGCUCAUCAAAUAAUCCUACUUAACUUCCACCAAACUGAACUGUUGUCAUCGUUAUUAAUCCGAGGCCGAUAACAUCUACAUUACUUUUGGGGGGUUAUCUUUUUUUCCUGAAAAGAAGCAGAAGGUCUAACUCGGAGCAGGCCACAGUCUGCCUGUGCUCACUCAGUGGAUACUUUGGCAUUUUUAACGUUUGGCAUGUUAUUGUUGCACCACGGACGGUUCAUUUGUGACAUUUAUGAUUAUUACAGAUUGUUUUCUUUCAUUUUUAAGUACAAGUAUAAAAUGAGAGGACAGAAAUGCCACCAGAUGCCAAACGGGAACAAGCCCACGUCAGCAGUGCUAUGAACGGAGAUCCAGAAGGGCCACAGCGGGACGUCUUAGGUCGACUCCUGUGUUACUUUACCCAACAAUACUUUUGUGUUCCUUACAUUAUUACUGUAACUGUUGCUGCAUUGAUCCAGUCCAGUUGGACACAGCCAAUCAAGGCUAAUACUUCAUUGGCUGCAGAGAGGAGAGAUGAUGUGAGACACUGUGUGAUGAGGGACAGCGUGGAGCUGCUGGCUGCGAGCACAGCUGGAUGUAGCUGCUGAGGCUGUGCCUGAUGUGUGGUUAUUGUUGGCUGCUUCUUUGUCUGAGCUGAUGGUGCUGUGGAUCUCUCCAGUUUACUACUGAAAACAUUCAGUUAGCUGUUCUGACAGUAAGCAGCAGCAUGCUGUUGGACACUGACCUGUUAGCAUGUGAGCACCGAUAGCAGAGCAGUCACGUCAUGUCUCCUUCCUGUAUAACUGUCCCUUACAGCCUCUGUAUACGAACCCCUCGUACAGAUCACACAGAAUGUAAUGCACAUUGUGAGACAAUGCAGAAGUAUUGCAAAGAAAUGCAAAUCCCUUUUCCGUAAUACAGGAAAAAGUCCUGGAAAACUUUGGAGCACGAGCCUCAUGCAGCUCCAACAGACAGCAGUACUGACUGAUACUAAUAAUCUCUUUGCAUCAUCACUUCAUCGAUGUGCUGGCUUACGGAGGAGUCUUGAUGUCGGUGUAGUAGACCAAGUUGAAUGAAAUGAAACAAUGUACCGUGGCAGUGGUCCUGAAAAUGGGAGCGAUUUCUUAUGUGUUGCUGUGUUCUUCUUCUAUUGUUGUUAUUAUUAUUAUUGUUAUUAUUAUUGACAACACCUAUAUUGUAUUCAGUCUGUUUGGAAUGAUUUUUUUCUAUUUGAAUUCAGAUUGGAGUCAUCACAGUGUAAAGCUCUCAUUAAAAUGAUGUGCUCUUGUCCCCUGAUCGUAGCUGUGACGUUGGAUUUCCACAGGUACAACAAUCAGGCCUUCAGCCCAGUGAGAAGCUUUUUUACACUGUCCUCAUUAAGCUGCACUCCAUCAUAACAAAGGCUAAAGACCCUGCUUUUUGUUCCUGUGUAAAGUUUUCUACCUGUGUCUGAGGCCCAUGUGGCACAUUUUGUACUGGAUUAAAGAAUAGUACCGUUACUAUCAUGA